AUUGCAAUUUUUUAUACAUAUAAUAAAUUGGCAAAUCAAUUUUGUGCAAUCGCUCAGAUCACAGAUUCACAAACCAAAACCCGAAAGCCCCAAAACUCACGUCACAGAGAAACAAUGGUGAACGGCGACGACAAACCGAGCAGUCAGAAGUACGGCGUUCCACUCUACGGCGCAGCGUGGGUUCCCCCUUCCGCCGCCGCCGUCGUUAAUGGAGACGCCGCUGCAGAAUCGGAUACCCCCGCUCCCUACACUGUGAAGCCCCAUGUCGUCCUCGCCGGAGGCGGCGGAGAAGGCCACAGUGGAAUACGGAAUUCUCUCCUCCUCUCGUCCGCUGACCUCGAUUCGAAUUCCCUUUCUGAUCAGCCCGUGGCAGAACUUGGAACUGGCAGUGAUUUGCCGUACAGAAUUGCAGUGCAUCCUGGAGGAGAAGGCAUUAUUUGUUCGUUUCCCAAAAGUUGCAGAUGGUUUGAAUGGGAUUUGAACACGGAGACAGAUGAACACACUCUGAGUUUGAAAUCAUCUGAUAAUGCCCUUGAGCAAUUGGAAGAUGUUGGGCAACAAUUAGCUAUGACCUUUAACAGCGAAGGAAGUUUACUUGCUGUUGGUGGUGAGGAUGGCAAAUUAAGGGUUUUUAAGUGGCCAGCCAUGGAAAGUACUUUCAGUGAGGACAAUGCUCAUCCUUCUGUGAAAGAUUUGGAUUUCAGCCCCGAUGGAAAGUUUCUCGUUUCUCUUGGAGGUGGCCCUGGAAGGAUUUGGAAUGUCGCCACAUCAACAUCCGUAGCUUCUCUACCCAGGCAAAAUGAUGAGAUUUUGGGUUUUUGCCGGUUCUCAAGGGCUACUGACAUAGACCAAGUACUGUACAUAACAGCAAUGCGAGAUAGAGGUGGUAGUAUCGUGAAAUGGAACACUAGUACAUGGAAAAGGAUAAGUUCAACAUACGUUUCCCGAGAUCCAAUUUCUGCUUUUAACGUGUCACCUGAUGGAAAGCUCCUUGCCAUAGGAACAAUUCAAGGGGACAUUUUUAUUAUGAGUUCUGCCAGAAUGCGUGUGCUGACUGUUGUCAAGAAAGCACAUCUUGGCCUCGUAACUGCAUUGGCAUUUUCGCUAGAUUCCAGGGCCUUGGUAUCUGCAUCCUUAGAUUCAAGUGCACGGGUGACUUUAAUCAAGGAUAAAAAGGAAAAUGGAAACGGCUUGUGGAUUAUCGCUCUGCUGAUCCUUCUACUAGCGUUGGCUGUAUAUUAUGCAAAAAGCAUAGAACUUUUUCCUCUGAAACCUUGAUUUUGGGGGUUGUGGAGCUGGCAAUUUAUUGACACCUCUAAAAUACUAUUUCUUAAAUGUCUUUCUCGUGCAGAUAGAUAACAGUAUUUAAUUGUCGCAAAUUUGAACAGUAGUAUUCCGUCAGGUCGUUUUGUACUUGAUAUGAAUGAAUGCGCGUAAAAGUUAUUUUGAACCC